AUGACGCCGCCGAAGGAUAUCGAAGGCAGAGCCAAUAGUUUCGCGAGAACAGUGUCGAGCAGCUUGUCUCUAAGCACGAGCCCAACUCUGGCCUUCCACAGCCCACCAUCGAGCUUUAGAAACCCCCCGCACCCUAGCUCAACGGAUGGGAGACCAGGAAGUCUAUCAGGGAUUUCUCCGGUCGUAGCAGCGAAGCAACUGAAACCUUUCCAUACCAAAGACGUCAAGGUGCUAUUGUUGGAGAAUGUGAAUCAGACCGGCGUAGAAAUACUCAAGGGGCAAGGCUACCAGGUCGAGGCGCUCAAGAGCAGCCUUCCGGAAGAUCAGUUGAUCCAGAAGAUCAGGGAAGUACACGUUAUCGGGAUACGGUCAAAGACCAAGCUCACAGAGCGGGUUUUGAAAGAAGCAAAGAAUCUCAUUGUCAUUGGUUGCUUCUGCAUCGGCACAAACCAAGUUGACCUUCGGUGCGCGGCACUGCAGGGUAUCGCGGUAUUCAACUCGCCCUUCAGUAACUCGAGGAGCGUUGCCGAGCUCGUAAUAGCCGAGAUAAUUGCCCUCGCACGCCAAUUGACGGACCGUUCCAUGGAGCUGCAUAAUGGGACAUGGAACAAGGUCAGCAAGGGUUGUUGGGAAAUACGUGGCAAGACACUGGGCAUUGUUGGAUACGGGCAUAUCGGCAGCCAGUUGUCAGUGCUCGCCGAGUCAAUGGGCAUGUCUGUUAUCUAUUACGAUAUACUCAACUUGAUGGCGCUGGGUACAGCACGUCAAGUUGCAAGUUUGGAUGACCUGCUCGACCAGGCGGACUUCGUCUCCCUUCACGUGCCAGAGACACCGGAUACGAAGGACAUGAUCUCGAAAGAGCAACUCGCAAAGAUGAAGGACGCCAGCUAUCUACUCAACAAUGCGCGGGGUAGUGUAGUAGACAUUCCUGCACUCGUCGAAGCCAUGAGGGAGGGCAAGAUCGCGGGCGCUGCGCUGGAUGUAUAUCCAAAUGAACCUGCAGGCAAUGGCGAUUACUUCACCAACGACCUCAACUCCUGGACCAAAGAUCUGCGCAGUCUCAAGAACCUGAUCCUCACGCCCCAUAUUGGGGGAAGUACAGAGGAGGCGCAGAGUGCUAUUGGCAUUGAAGUCAGCACAUCGCUGGUUCGCUACGUCAAUGAGGGAUCAACUCUUGGCGCUGUGAAUAUGCCAGAAGUCAGUCUUCGUUCGUUGACGCUUGAGGAGCCCAACUGCGUACGGGUUAUCUACAUCCAUAAGAAUGUGCCUGGUGUGCUGCGACAGGUGAACGCAAUUCUCGCGCAUCAUAACGUCGAGAAGCAAAUGACUGAUUCAAGAGCAGAGGUGGCGUACCUCAUGGCCGACAUCAGCGAGGUCAAAGAAGAAGAAAUCAAAGACCUCUGGCAGAGCCUCGAGGAGCUUUCAUGUAUGUAUCCCGACAAGUUGCUGAGAACGAAUUGUGUGCGGCUCGUCGGACUAACUGCGGCAACAGCUCGUAUCCGGACGCGGGUGCUCUAUUAA